AUGCAUGAGUUUGAUUUUUCCGUGCCUCGUCUAUCUGUGGUUCCUUUGUUUGGCAACCACUUCUUCCAUGGCCACACCUGGUCCCGGGCUCAUGUGACGAAUAAGACCGACACUGAUUGCAUGGAGCGAGACUGCCGUCUCCUCUUCCGACAUAAUGUGGCUGGUCGAGCCGAGAUGUGGUACAACCAUCAGAGCCGGGAGGUUCGGCAAGACUGGGAGAAGCUUAAGGCUAACUGCCUGGAGCGAUACAAGCUGCCUGACGAAGACCCCGUUGCGACGAUCACACGCAUGGAAGCAAGCUACAACUCUAUGAAGCAAGGCCGGGAGGAGUCGAUUACGGAGUUCCUCGAGCGAACCGAUGAUUUCCAGGGUCAAGUAUGGCAACUCAGGUUCAUCCCGAAUGAACGGGUUCUCAAUUCCGGACGGACAUAUAGUCCAUCUGGCUCUUCUGACGGCGGUGAAAAAUGA